AUGAGUAAUCAUUAUACACGAGUAAGCAUUAUACACAAGCGUAUUAUACACGAGCCCGUUGAAUUGUCUUCUGUUCGCACCUACUGUCAAUCUGCACAUUACUUUUUUCUGCUUUUCUUCUUUCCUGUAACACGUACACACAGAGUUGUUCUUCUGUAUACAUCUCUAUCAAUAAACUUCUUUUACCCACUCUUUCUGAUAGUACUUUUCUUUUCCCAUCCUUUUUUUACGUUAUCUCUCGCUUUUUCUCUCUCUCUUUCUCUUUCACACAAACACACACACACACUCUCUCUCUGCGUUUUUAUUUCCUUUUCUCUUCUCUAUUUUCCUUCCGCCUCUUUUAAGCCCUUUGUAUAUACCUUUCUUUCUUUCUUUCUUUCUUUCUUUCUUUCUUUCUUUCUUUCCUGCACUUUCACUAUGCCCCCUCUUUUUUCAAUACCGAUUUCCCUCUUUUACGCCCUUUAUCUCUUUUUCUUUCUCAGCCCGUUCAUCCACCCACUCUUUCGACUUUUCACUCUCUUUCCCUGA